GCCUCCCCAUGGCCUGUCUGCCCUGAUCUUCCGGCGGGCGACCGAGGCAGGCCAGAGCCGGGACUUCUUUGGGGCCUCCCUGCCCGCCAGGUGAUGCUCGGCUUCCAGCCUCCUUUCCCCACCUUCAUCCCUCCUUCAUCCUCCGUUACCCUGAGCAACCGGCUGGAGAGGGGGUGGGGAACCAGGCCAGGCCAGGCAGAGCCAGCUACCACCAAACCCCUCGUCCCCAGCCGCACAGACUUGGUCGAAGCUCAGAGUUGUGCAAUGAGGCAGUGGGGUCCCUCAACAUGACCAACCAACAAAUACAGGCACUCCUGGACUUAUGACCGUUUUUCACCUUUGUGACCGUUGCAGAAUCCCCACAAUCACCUGAUUCAAAAUUCAGACUCUUGGGAACCGACUCGUAGUUAUGAUGGUCGCGGCCUUCCGGGGCGGGAGGGGUCACAUGGUCCACUUUUGCGACCUUCUGACCAGCAAAGUUGACGGGGAAGCCGGAUUUCCUUCCCCACCGUGUUACCUGCUAAACAGCUGCAGCGAUUCGCUUAACAAAGAUGGUUGCAAAACGAGACAUGAAACGAAUGCCUCGCCGAAUGACCGAAACUGUGGGCCACAAUGGCAGUCAUAAGGCGAGGACCACUGGUAGAGAGACAUUUGGGGAUACAACCGGUGUGACUUGUCCCUUCUGCCGAUAUGUGGGACCAAGGAUGAGGGUGUCCUCCUUUGGUUCCUCGCAGAUCCGUCCGGCUUCUGAAGCAUCCCGGCAUCCUGGCUGAGGACCCUGCCAUAGAAGAUCUUGGCGAUACCUCCGAGGAGGCAGCGAGAAUGAUGAAGGAGAUGGAACGGGACCCGGAGAACUGCGGCUACCAAGGAGUUGAAGAGAGCUGGCAGCCAAAAAUCAUUAAGCAGGAAGAGGAGGAAGAUGAUGGGUUGGAGAUGCAUCUUAACCAGUUGGAGGCUGCCGCCGUCGUGCAAUGUGCCACCAACGGACUCCACCAGGUUGCGCAAAAACCAAGCAGCCCCGAGCCCAUUCUGUUGGGUUCCGGGGCCACCAACGAGGAGAUCCUAUUGGUCGACUAUCAAGUGAGUCCUUUAGUUCGGGGGUGCAGACCCCAGCUGGGGGAGCUGCCCCACUGGUGCCUGGAAUGCGGCAAAAGUUUCAGUCUGAAAUCUGAGCUGGAAAUUCACCAGUCCAAGCAUGCCGGGCAGAAUUCCUUCAUCUGCGGUGACUGCGGGCGGAGCUUCAUGGAGCACAUGGCGCUGUCAGGGCAGGGCGCUUGUGCCGCAGGGCACCCCUUCAGCCCUUCCGUGAGCCGGAGAAAGGGACCGUCCCUGCCCGGUGAAGCCGGGGUUCAACGCAAGGAGCGCAAAGAACUGUCUCUGCAGGAGAAAGUCCGUGUACUGGAGAUGCUCGAAGGGCCCAAGGUCUCUCAGAGUGAACUGGCCAAGCGAUUCGGGGUAUCCCAGCCCCAGAUUUGCCGUAUCAUCAAGAACAAAGAACGUAUUCUGGCUGAAUGGGGGAAAAACGCCAAUCCAGGUCGCAAACGGAAGCUGGAAGACAAAGGUCCAGCUGGCGGCGACCGAGCAUUCUUGCAGUGGUUCGAACGCAGCUGCGGACACCCAUUCUCUGCCGAGGGGAAACUUUGGCAAGAGAAAGUCACCUUCGGAGGUGGGGAACCAGGCUUGGAAACCACCCUCCAGUGGCCAAACAGCUCCCUGGCCAAGCCAAAAACUGGCCCCAGGAGGUCCCUCCCGGAGAAAUGGAGCCGGGAACUUCUGGAGGAGGAAGACGAUGAAGACGACAAUCGCUGGGAAAGUACGACGCUGCCCUGUAUCCUCAGCCACUAUGACCUUCCCAAUGUCUACGCUUGUGGAGAGACGGGGAUGCUCUUUAGAGCGACCCCCGAAGAUCUGGUGGCCCGGAGAGGCGGCGAAGCCCAGGACCAGCUGACCAUCUUGCUCUGUGCCAACAUGGAUGGCUCGGAUAAAAAAGAUGUGUUAAUUGUGGGCAAGGCUGCGCGGCCAUUUGGUGACCUUCAGGGAUUGUCUUCUGCAACCUACAAGAUGAACAGUAGGGCCUGGAUGACUCCCACCAUCUUUUCUGAGUGGCUUCAGAAGUUCAACGAGGAGAUGAAACAGCAGGAGAGGCGGGUGGCGCUCUUCGUCACACAGUGCGGCGUCCAUCCCUACGCCGAGCUCUCCAACGUCCAGAUGGUCUUCAUGCCUCCUCACCUCGCCUGGCUGCCUCCCCUGGAGCAAGGGGUUAUCCAGAAUUUUAAGUGCCACUACCGGAGAAGGAUGUUGACCCAUCUCUUGGUCAAGGACCACGGCAAAGUCUCCAGCCCCACCAGCAAACUCUCCAGGUUCCUCACCCUUCUGGAUGCUGUCCACCUGUUGGUCCAAGCGUGGUCGGAGGUGUGUCCUCAAACCAUAGCAAACUCUUUCAAAGCGGCGGGCUUCAGCGCAAAUCCCCGCCUGCUGACCCCUCCGUUAGAAGUAGUCCAAGCAUUGGGCUGCAAGGAUCAAGACCAGUUUGAACAGUACGUGUUGAUGGAUGAAGGGUUGGAAUGUUUUGGAGACCAGGAGAGUAUAGACCCAACAAAGGAGGUCCCUCAACCCCAAGAACCCAUCUCAGUGAGAGCAGAAGAAGAGGAGAAGGAGGAACCAGCCCUCUUCUCCUGUCCCUCCAAGGCCGAAGUCGUGGACAGCUUGGCGAAGCUGCGGCGCUACCUGGAGUGCCAUUCGGUGUCACCCAACACCUUCCAGACGUUCUACCAGCUGGAGGACCUGAUCCACGCCCUGGCUCUUUCCGACAUGCAGUUGGUCAGAGCCAAACCUUGCCAAGACUGACCCCAACAUAGACCUUGAACGGACGGAGCACUCCGGAUCCUGAAACGGGUGUCCAGAAAUCCACCAAGGUGUGCUUUUGGGGCUUCUGGACACCCUGUAAAGUCUCCAAGUAGUUUUUGGCAUGUAGUAUCGAGUGAGAUGCUGCCAUUUUCUUCCUGAGGAAACUGCAGAGUAGCAGGUUUCUAGAGAGAAAUGAGGGGAGGAAAAAUUAUUUCUGGACGUAACUGCCCACCCACCUUCUUGCAGAGAAUCUGGGGAGGGGAUGGUGGACAGCAGGGGUCUUCCACUUGACCCGUCCUGGCUUCUGUUUACACACUAAGGGAGAGUUUGUUCUGUGUAUCCAGUUGUGGUUUCUAGAGCAUGAUUCAGCCUAGGUACCCCUCCCCAAUAGUGGUUAACAGCAGGUUUGCAAAUGUAGAAAUUUGUGGAUAACAGAAAGAUCUGGGGAUUCCGAGGGGAGGGGCCAAACCAUGCCACACCCCCACAUGCACACGAUAGGAGUCAGUCCCCUGCAUCGGAUGCAAAGGAGAGCCUCUGCACCCCUCAUACGAAGGGCCUCUUCCUGACUUGUAUGGGACACCAUGAGACCCUCGGCCUGUACAGGCGACAAACCCCUGUGGAGAAGGAGUAUCACGAUCGCUGAUGUUGGGAGGACUUAAGGCUCACCAGUUGGGGAAAGGGGAUGUGAGGGGUCACGGGGCCCGAAUGGAAGUUCUUCUUCUGAGGUCCUUAGGACGCCACAGCAAAUCGGGGUGACGGAGGUUGCUUCAUGCCAGGACAGCAACAACCGAAGCUGACCCACUUCUCUGGGGGUCAUUACCUUGGAGUGAUGUUCCAUUUCAAGCCCUGCUUGGCCACCAACAGUGGAACAGACCACCCCACGAAAGAGGAGAAGACGGCUGGAUGAAACCCAGAAGCUACAUUAGGGCAACAGCGGUGCUGAGAGGGAAAAGCUUUGGAGUUUCCCAGAAUUCCCCUCCUUUUGAAGAAUAAGAGGGAGGGGUGCGGAUGCUCAGUCUGGGCGUCUGAAGGGCUCUGACUUUACAGAUGGAAAUGGUUUUCUGACCAGAUGCCAAUAAAGUGUUGAAAGGCU